GUCCAACACACAACUGGGCGGUCAGUGGGUCUGUUUCUAGGCCUGACCACAAAAUGAAGGAUCAGGUGUCAUCUACAAAGUCGAAAUGAUUCAACAUUUGGGAGGAAGUCAAGCAAAUAAUGGAUGCCAAUGAUCUCCAUUUCAACAAGUCUGAAGCCAGCAGCAGCCAUGUCGAGCAAGCGCGCCAAGGGCAAGACGACGAAGAAGCGCCCCCAGAGGGCCACGUCCAACGUCUUCGCCAUGUUUGACCAGUCCCAGAUCCAGGAGUUCAAAGAGGCCUUCAACAUGAUUGACCAGAACAGGGACGGCUUCAUCGACAAGGAGGACCUGCACGACACGCUGGCCUCUUUGGGUAAAAACCCCUCUGAUGAGUACCUGGAGGGCAUGAUGAGCGAAGCCCCGGGGCCCAUAAACUUCACCAUGUUUCUCACCAUGUUUGGAGAGAGGCUCAACGGCACCGACCCAGAGGACGUCAUCCGCAAUGCUUUUGCCUGCUUCGAUGAGGAAGGAGCCGGUGUGCUCCACGAAGACCACCUGAGGGAGCUGCUGACCACCAUGGGCGACCGCUUCACCGACGACGAGGUGGACGAGCUGUUCCGCGAGGCGCCCAUCGACAAGAAGGGCAACUUCAACUACGGAGAGUUCACCCGCAUCCUCAAACAUGGCGCCAAGGAGAAGGACGACGAGUAGAGGCCAGGGAAGCCCCUGCUUGCACGCACCCAGUUCCUGCUCUUUUACGUACGAUUGUUUUAUAAACCUUGGAAAUAG